AUGCCUAGAGCUUUCAUCGAGUGUCCUCCACUAUACCCCCAGAUCAAGCCAUGUAUCCUCAAAAACGAGCUGCCUACCAUCGCGCCAGACAGGGUCUCGACCGUCGACGACCAGUACAAGACCCUGAUCGGCGGAGGCAGACACAAGCCUGAAAAGGCUAUGGGCAUUGCUCACAUCCUCGCAGUACAUUACGAACAUCUGCCCGAUGGCUUCGCCAAGGAAGUUCUCGAAAUCGACACUGCAGACUUUGCCAAGUACAGACAGAUGCAGAAGGCAAUCAUGAACGAGCUCUAUGGUAAGAGCUCCUUCCUGUACGAGUACGUACGGGGAGAGGUCAGCGCCGAUGCCUGCCGCACGGCCAUUUCGAACUGGGACCUCUGCGCUCGGCAGUGCGACUUUGAAGUCGGUGGUGAGAGCGAAGAACAUCGCGCCAAUCGAAUUGCUGACAGUGAUCGCUAUCGACAAGCCAUCGUCAAGUUGCAAAAUGAAAUUCGAGACAUGUACGAGGCCGGCAUCGUCGACGCCAAGGAAGUUAUGACCUCCGAGACUGCAAAGUCGAUUGACAAGUUCGUCGCGGGCGAGAAAGCCAUAUUCUUCGAGCAGAAGCGAAACGAAGUUCCUCAGUCCUGCUUUACUAACCUGGGUCUAAUCUCCAACGUCCGUGAGCUCGAGAUGAUCAAACUCAUCCCACUGUUCUUUCGCAAGGACUCCGAGCGUGAUUACUUUUGGCAGAAGCGCAUCAACGGUGAUCUCAUUACCACAAUAUUCAACUUGGCCAAAGGUAUGGUCGAUCUGCGAACACUAAUGAGCCGCGAAGAUUGGGCUCGGGUCUGGACCGAGAAGCUCGCCUCGACAAUGGAUAUCAUGCACCGCAGCGUGAUCACCCUCGAGCUCGUCCGAGAUUUCCACUGCAUAUACUCCACCGACCCAAUGCUACGCGCAUCGUUCGAAGUCCAGCUCGACAGGCCCAGUAUGAAUGUAGCAAUUCGAGACCUUGUAAAGCUCGUGGACAAGCCAGCCGACAUUGGGCACUGGACGAACGUCCCGCUCACGACAGACAUGAGGAAGCACCAUAUGGACGAUAAAGAUGCUACCCCGUUGCCUCAGUAG